UUCAAUAAUAUAGAGGGUUAAGUUUCGUUUUUAUUACAACCCUGUUAUCAAGUAGAGCUGCAAAACUGUCAAUAGUUGGACCACUCGAUAUUUAAAAAAAAAUCGAUAAUGCCAAGAGUUUUCGUUUGUAUCUACUUUUAUUCGCUAGUUAAAAUUAAGAGGCCUUGGCUUUGUACACAUAAUUUUUAUUUAUAAAAAAAAACAUGAACAAUAACGGAAAAUUAAAAAAUUAAUAAUGUUACAUAUACAAUUUACCAUUUUACUAUAUAAAAUUCUCUGAAAGCUGACGAGUUAUAAAGAGGUAUAAUUUUUUAUACACUAACUCAAUGUAAGACGAGAGCAAGUAAUUUAUACUUAUAAUAUCCACUUGUUUAAUUCGUAUUAAAAUUAAAUUAAAUUCUUAUUAAAAACAGGAAAACUCUGACGUCACAAUUACUGAUUCUAUAUGAAUAAGUGGGGUUAUGUGCAGACGUCAUUGCAGAACAUUAGAAAUUCUUAUAAUUGUAAAUUUAAUAUAUCCGUAACAUUUUUUCUAACGCAUCCAACACCUAAUUAAAGUGUAAAAAAUUGUUAAAUUUAAUAAGAUGGUUUUAAGUGCUUCCAUGUUAUUCAAAAUUAGACUUCACUUUUGGUAUUAUUCGACUAUAUUAAUACGUAUAUUUGAAACUUUGCAAUUUUAUGAAAAUUGUUAGUAAGUCUAAAUAAACUAUCGAUAGUAGGACGAAAACAAAACUAUCGAAAGUCCCAUCGAUUGUUUUGCAACUCUAUUAUCAAGCAGCUGUUUGUUAAAAUAAACGUAAAAUUUGUUUACUGUUCGGUUGGUCUAUUGUAAAAUACAUUUUAUAAUUAAGCUAAAAUCAGCUAUAUCAAAAUGGAAAGACCACAAAAAAUGCCCAAAGUAGCUAAGGUGAAAAACAAAGCCCCAGCUGAAAUUCAGAUUACUGCAGAACAAUUGUUGCGCGAAGCUAAAGAACGUGAUCUAGAAAUUCUUCCACCGCCUCCUAAGCAAAAGAUUUCGGAUCCUGCAGAAUUAGCGGACUACCAACAACGCAAACGUAAAGUAUUUGAAGAUAAUCUACGAAAAAAUCGCAUGGUAGUAAGUCACUGGAUUAAGUACGCGCAAUGGGAAGAGUCACAGAAAGAAAUACAGCGAGCACGUUCAAUAUGGGAACGUGCACUGGAUAAUGAGCACCGAAAUAUCACUAUAUGGCUAAAGUAUGCGGAAAUGGAAAUGAAAAACAAGCAAGUAAAUCAUGCGCGUAAUUUAUGGGAUCGGGCUGUUACAAUCAUGCCGCGUGUUAAUCAAUUUUGGUAUAAGUACACAUAUAUGGAAGAAAUGUUGGAUAAUGUAGCGGGAGCACGUCAAGUGUUUGAAAGAUGGAUGGAGUGGCAGCCUGAAGAACAAGCUUGGCAGACCUAUGUUAACUUUGAAUUGCGUUACAAGGAAAUCGACCGUGCGCGCGAAAUCUACGAGCGUUUUGUAUAUGUCCACCCUGAUGUAAAAAACUGGAUUAAAUUUGCUCGUUUUGAAGAAUCUCAUGGCUUUGUACAUGGUGCACGUCGUGUAUUUGAACGUGCCGUUGAAUUCUUUGGAGAGGAUUAUAUUGAUGAACGACUAUUCAUUGCAUUUGCGCGUUUUGAAGAAGGUCAAAAGGAGCAUGAUAGGGCGCGAGUGAUUUACAAAUAUGCGCUAGACCAUCUAUCAAAAGAUCGAACACAGGAACUUUAUAAAGCUUACACAAUUCAUGAGAAAAAAUAUGGCGACAGGGCAGGUAUUGAAGAUGUUAUUGUUUCAAAGCGCAAAUUCCAAUAUGAACAGGAGGUAGCCGCGAAUCCUCAAAACUAUGAUGCUUGGUUCGAUUACUUGCGAUUAAUUGAAGGUGAAGGCGAUGUCGAUCUUAUACGCGAAACAUACGAGCGUGCUAUCUCCAACGUUCCACCUGCCAAUGAGAAAAACUAUUGGCGCCGUUAUAUUUACUUAUGGAUCAAUUAUGCACUCUAUGAAGAACUUGAAACAGAGGAUUUCGAACGUACCCGACAAAUAUACAAAACAUGCCUGGAACUUAUACCUCACAAAAAAUUUACAUUUAGUAAAAUUUGGCUAAUGUAUGCACAGUUUGAAAUUCGUUGCAAAGAAUUACAAAAGGCUCGAAAAACUUUAGGAAUGGCUAUAGGCUUAUGUCCACGCGACAAACUUUUCCGUGGUUAUAUAGAAUUAGAAAUACAGUUGCGUGAAUUCGAUCGCUGCCGAUUGCUGUAUGAAAAGUUUUUAGAGUUUGGACCUGAAAAUUGCGUAACAUGGAUGAAAUUUGCUGAGCUUGAAAACUUGCUCGGUGAUACGGAUCGAGCACGGGCAGUUUUCGAAUUCGCAGUCCAACAAACGCGUCUUGACAUGCCAGAACUGCUAUGGAAAGCAUACAUAGACUUCGAGGUAUCACAAGGUGAAAUGGAAUUGGCCCGUCAACUAUACGAACGACUUUUGGAACGGACGCAUCACGUUAAAGUGUGGAUGUCAUAUGCGAAAUUCGAAUUAUUACAACAAGAUUCUGAACUUGCUGAUGACCCUGAAAUAAAUAUAAAAUUAUCAAGAAGGGUUUAUGAACGUGCUAACGAUACUCUACGUAAUGCCAGUGACAAGGAAUCUCGCGUAUUGUUGCUAGAGGCAUGGCGUGAUUUUGAACGGGAAUCAGGAGAUAGUCACGCAUUAAACAAAGUGAUGGAGAAAAUGCCUCGACGGGUUAAGAAGCGACAGAAGAUCGUAUCAGAAAGUGGCGUGGAGGAAGGAUGGGAAGAAGUGUUUGACUACAUUUUCCCAGAAGAUGAAUUGGCGCGUCCUAAUUUGAAACUAUUGGCUGCCGCCAAAAUGUGGAAGAAACAAAAGGAAUCUAUUAAUACAGAACCUCCAGCAAGUGAUUUGAGUGAUGAAUCAAAUACAGAAAAAGAUAAGAUAGAAGAUAACUAAUUGGAAUAAAUAUCUAUACACUUGUAAUUAUAGUUUCCGCCGCUAAAUAAACAAAAGAUAUGAUGGAUCUGCUAAUAUUUUUUAAGGAAACUUGUUUCUGUAUCAGUGUAUUUACUGUCGCUGUUGUCUCGUUAUAUAUAUAUGUAUGAAGUGACGGUAUCGGACCAUUGUCAUGCCCACAAAAUACCAAAUUAAGAUACAAAACUGUGGUCUAAAAAUGUUUAAAAAGCGAGCAAGUGGCCUAAUGGGUUAUCUCAUAUCUAAAAAUUGUCGAAAUGAUCAAUCUGUGGGAUAUUCUGAUAGUUGGUAACAUCGGGUGAACACCCUCGCACCCAUAUACCUAAUGAUCGAUAUGUGUGAUAUGUUAACGAAAUUAUUUAUUUAUAUUGAAAUCCGGGUAGGUGUCUGUCUUUCUGUCCGUGUAAGCUAUAA